AUGUCCAUGUUGUCGUGCCGUGUGUUGUGUUUGUUGGCCAUUGUGCUCUGCUGUGUGGGUGUGGCUCAUGCUGAUCCUGCUCUUCCUUCACAGUUGGUGGAGGAAGCAAAAACAUUGGCUGAAGAAACUUCUAAACUUAAGGUGGAGUGCGACAACGCCGCCAAGGCUGCUCGACAGGCCGCGAAUGAAGCUUUUGUAUUUGCUCAUGUCACUAAGACUAAUCUCGUAACAAUUGCUGCUGACCCAAACGAGGUGGAGAAAACGAAGAGUGAAGGUCUUAAAUUUAUUGAAAAUACAACGAAGGCUGCAGAGGAAGCAGAAAGAGUGCGCGACGAAACUAUAACCAGUAAAGAUAAAGCGGAAGAGGCAAUCUUUCUUGUUUUUCCAGAUGCAGUAGAUGAUGAAACAGUACCGGAAGAAAUUGCGCCGUCAAUGAAUGCAGUUAAAGAUGCAGAACGCGCGAUUUCUACUGCUAACGAUGAUAUCGGCGCUGCGAAACUUCAUGCUGAGGAAGUGAAAAAUGUCCUGCAGCAACUCGACGCCGCAGUUGCUGCUGCCAAAGAGAGGGAGAAGGAAAAACAGGUGGAGUCUCAACCACAGCCACAGGAACAGAGAAACGAAACGUCUCUUCCACCCACGAAUGCUACAAUAACGAAUGGCACCAAACGAAAUGACGGCAGCAGCAGCCCUGCGUUACUGCGUGUUCCACUCCUGCUGCUGCUGCUCUCUGUGCUCAGCUGCAUGGCUGUGUGCUGA